UGCAAUGUAUUGAGAGUUGAGAGUUGAGAGUGGAGUCCCUGCCUGAAUUUCAUGUUUUGGUUCAUUGCCUUCUCAUUAGGUCUGUCGUAUGUUAGGUGUAGCGUACCCUCACAAUCUUCCCGCCCAUAGAGCACACCGAAAUCACCGUCUCCCUCUCCUCUGCUUCUCUACAUUGCCACUCUCCUCCUUUUCACUGCAACACAUCAAUGGCAAAUCCUCCGCUACUUGACCUCACAACUGAUGGCGCUCCCCUCUUCGAAUUGGACGACGAGAUUGACGGAGACGAAGUCGGUUCCAGAAAUUACCGCUUCUGUAAAGUUGGAGAGCCCGUUCCUAUCAAGUCGGAUGACAGCUCCGAGUUCGACCCCCAAUGCCUCCCCUCCCAACCCUUGGCCGUAUCCGAACGCUUUCGUCUCCUCUUUGUAGCUCAUCCCCAGGGGUUUUGUGUUGCGAGGACAAAGGACGUGAUGGCAUCGGCCGAGGAAAUUAAGGAGAAACAAACCGGCCCAUCUGUACAGGAGUUAAGUCUCGUGGAUGUCUCCAUAGGAAAGGUCUCAAUACUGGCACUGUCGUCUGACGAUUCCUUGCUCGCUGUCACUAUUGGCAACCAUGUCCAUUUCUUUGCUGUUAGCGCUCUGCUCCAUAAGGACCAAAAGCCUUCCUAUUCGGUCUCACUAGAUGAUUCCAUUUGCAUCAAGGAUAUGCGCUGGGCUAGAAAAGUUGCAAAAGCUUAUGUUAUUCUUUCAGAUGAUGGAAAGUUAUACCAUGGGUCUGGUCAAGGUCCCCCUAGCUAUGUGAUGGAAGGCGUUGAUUCUGUCGACUGGAGUGUUAAAGGCAAUUUUGUUGCUGUGGCAAAAAAGAACAUCGUCAGCAUUUUGUCAUCAGAAUUUGAGGAAAAAUUAAGAUUUUUGCUACAAUUCCAGUCAGUGGUUGGUGAUUCUGAUGUCAACCAAGUAAUAAAAGUGGAUUCCAUCCGAUGGAUCCGUCCAGAUUGUCUAGCUGUUGGAUGCUUCCAAUUAAAUGACGACGGAGAGGAGGAAAAUUACAUAGUCCAAGUCAUCACUACCAGGGGCAGAAAGAUUACUGAUGUCAGUGCAGCUGCAAAGCCGAUUGUCUUAUCCUUCAAUAAUGUCUUCAUGGAUUUUUCUUCUGAUGCUGUGCCCAUCAGAAAUGGACCACAUCUGUUUCUCAGCUAUCUAGAUCUUUAUGGGCUGGCAUUUAUUGCCAAUAGGAAUCUCUCCCAGCAUGUUGGACUGUUCUGUUGGUCACUGGACAGUGGGAAGAAUGAAGCUGCAGUGAUUGAAAUUCUUAAUGAUGCUUGGAAUUUGUAUAUCGAUACUCAAGUUAAUGGUGAAGAAAAUGUAAUCAUGGGACUCUCUGUUGACAAGGUUUCCCAGAAUGAAAAUGUCAGAUUCACACUGGGGGAUGAAGAAACCGAAGUCUCACCGUGUUGUUUAAUUGUAUGCCAAACCAUUGAUGGAAAGAUUUCAGUUUUCCACUUUGCCAGUGCUCGAGGGGCUUUAGCAUCAUCUGAAGUUUGUGCUGAUGAAGAAGAGGAUGAUUCCCAGGCAUCAACGAACCAUCAACUCUCCGUGAUUUCUUCUGCAGGUGGUGAGGAAAGUAGAGUGCCAACCUCUUUGCCAUCUGAAUCUCAUGAAUUUAGUAGAGUUGCUAUUGGAAAGACAGGUGCUAAGGCCACUAUCACAAAUGAAUUAUCGCCAUCUUUUCAUUUAGAUGGCAGAUCACAAGAACAAACUUACACUGAAAACACGGGGCAGAAGCCUCUUACAAACUCUCAGAUGGUGAAAGUCAAAGUUGAUGAGCCAGAAAAAGCCCUUUCCACAAAGCAGAACCAAGAUAGUAAUCCAGAGUAUCAAUCAAUAUCUGAAGUCAAACGCAGUACAGGUUUCUUCACAGCAGAAGUUGUCGGUGAUUCUUUUCAGCAAUCAAUGAGCAACUAUUCAAUAUCAGGUCGGAAUGUGGAGCCAUUAGGUAAAGUUCCACCAACAAGUUCACCAAGUGGGUGGUCUUUAACCAGAUCAAAUGCAAGAGUUGAUUCGUCAAAACCUUCUACUGGGAAGUUUUUGUCAUUCCCAUCUGGUGAAAUUGGCAAUUCAGACAAACCUGCACUACAAUCUGGUGGAGGUGUAGAACGACGUGCUACAGAUCUAAAGGAGAAAGCUAAACCUUCUGUUUCUUUUACUUCUUUUGGGCAGACAGAUUCCAGCGCACAGGGCAAUAGAAAUUCACUGCCAGGAAGUCCUGGUUCACAAGCAUCUUUGACGGAGAGUGUUGCUUCUGGAAAAUCUUUCCCGUCUGAAUUCAAAAAGGAGUUGAGUGCGGCUCCCUCACCAGCAGGAUUCCCAUACUCUGCUCAAAAAGUGUCAAAACAAUUUGGAAAUGUUGAAGAAAUGGCCAGAAAAUUAGAUAAGCUUCUUGAAGGUAUUGAAGGUAAGGGUGGCUUUAGGGAUGCAUCCAUAACUUCUCAAACACACUCGGUGGUAGAGUUGGAGGAUUGCAUAUGGGCUCUUUCAGACAGAUGCAGAACAUGGAGGGGGCUAAUGGACGAACGAUCAAAGGAAGUCCAACUUCUGCUUGAUAAAACGAUACAAGUUUUGGUUAGGAAAGUGUAUAUGGAAGGGAUCUUCAAGCAAGCGACAGAUAGCCGAUAUUGGGAACUUUGGAAUCGUCAAAAAUUGAGUUCUGAGAUGGAAUUGAAGCGAAGACGUAUAUUGGAAUUAAACCAGGAGUUGACAACUAAGUUGAUUGAACUGGAGAGGCAUUUCAAUUCAUUGGAGUUCAAUAAAUUCGGUGAAGAUGGAGGAAUGCCAAGAAACCGGAGAGUUUUGCAGAAUUCGCACAGGCAUUCAAGGCAAAUUCAGCCCUUGCAUAUUCUACAUAACACGACGCAUGCGCAAUUGGCAGCUGCUGAGCAACUUUCUGGAUGUCUCUCGAAGCAGAUGGCUGCUUUGAGUAUCGAAUCUUCUGGGAAGCAUGAUAUGAAAAAGCAGCUCUUUGAAUCCAUUGGUCUUUCUUAUGUUGGUGACACUAUGACAUCUCCAACUAGGACCAGAACUUCCAGUACUCCUUCAGACCAAAAACAUUUCAUCGCUUCAGGCUAUAUUGCUAGUAAACAACAGUCUAGAAGAAACCAAGCUAGCUCUGCCAAGAGCUAUGAACCAGAAACUGCAAGGCGGCGCCGAGACUCUCUGGAUCGCACUUGGGCUAACUUUGACCCUCCAAAAACAACUGUGAAAAGGAUGCUGAAAGAAGAUUCUGAGAAAGGAAGUGCAAAUCGUUCACUGUUUAACAUGGAUAAACAAUAUCUCAGUCCUCAGUUGCAGAAGAAAUCAGAAGUUGCUCAUUCAGCACUUUUGAACCUCUCUGGAGGGGUGAACCAUUAUCAAAGCAGAGGCACUGCUGAAAUACCAGUAAAAGAGUCGACUCAGAGCCCAUCAUCAUCUUUGCCCCAAAGGACAGCUGGUCUUCUAGGUCGUGGAAUGCAAGUGUCAUCUACAAAACAGAUUUCAGCAUUGCCACCACCAUCCAUAUUGGAGACAAGGACAACUCAAAGUAGUGAAGUAGGAGUAUUCAAACUUAUUGAUGAAAAAUCUAAGAGCAGCCUACCUUUUACCGGAAAGAAUGAUUCUUUUGCUCCAAAUGAGUCGAAACUUGUUCAACGGUUCGAUACAAGCUUUCAUCCAUUACCAUCCAUGUCUGGGCAGAUGCCUGAGCACUCACUGACACCACCCUCUAGUUCAACUGAGAGCUUAGAUCACUUUAAAAUUGGAUUUACCAAGUCAAACACCUUGAAUCCGAAGAGUACUAGUAUGGCAUCUGAUACAACAUUAUUUGACUCCAAAAUUCCGAUAACUCCUGCAUCUUCUUUCAGUUCUGGCUCAAAUGUAUCAGUGAAAGGUUUAUUCACUAAAAAUUCGGAAAAGACAAGCCAGCCUUAUGAUGGCCUGUCUGUCUCUACCCAGUUGCAAUCAGUUUCAAGUAACAGUUUACCAUCACUUUCAGCUUUUGUAUCAAAACCAAGUUCAUUAACCCUGUCCCCGGUGACUCCUUCCAGUUCUGGGGCCAGUGUAGCUGCAAAGGAGGUACCACAGCCUCAGACAUCAGUUCCUUCAACCGUAAAUUUUCCUUCUAUGUUGUCAUUGUCUACUCAUGAGAAUAAUCUUUCAUCUAUAUCCCCAUCUUCAAGCAUUAAAAAUCCCGAGUCUCUCACAUCAUUGUCUGUUCCAUCUAUUGCGAAAUAUGGCUCAGAGACAGAGGGCGUCUUGCAGACACGGACUUCAGUUGCUCACGUUCCAUCAAAAGUUGAAGAGGAUGUCAAGAUUCAGGCUUCAGCAUCACAGCCUGGGUUGGCAAUUACUGCAUCUGAUUUGAAAUUUGGACCUUUGCCCUCAACUGCACCAUCUGAAUUGUCUAUUAAUUCGAAAUCUGGGAGUAAAAUUGAUUUUGGUGACUCAUCAAAGAGUUCAUCCGUUACAUCAGCUAUUAAGUUAGAAUUGCCUUCUGCGACUGAAGCUCUUUCACCAGUUGCACUAUCAAGUGAAGGGAUUGGUGACAGUGCAAAAAAUGUCGUUUCAGAAUCAUCUCAUGAGGAAAUGGAGGAGGAAGCCCCUGAGACAGAUCAGACAGCUGGAUUUGCAUUAGGGAACUUUGUUGGGUUUGGGAUUGGUUCAACCUCAGAUUCAACAGCUCCAAAGUCAAAACCAUUUGGUGUAGCAGUCCUCAACAAAAGUACAACUUCCGCUCCCUCUCAAUAUAUGGCUCCUGCUUCUGGCGGUGAGCUGUUUCGACCUGCGUCUUUUAACUUUCAAUCACCCCAGCCUCCAGAACCUUUGCAGCCACCAAAUGUCGCUAACUUUUCUGGGGGUUCUGGAAUACCUGGUCAAGUUUCAGCAGGGGCUGGAUUUGGCCAGCCAGCACAUGUAGGAGUAGGCCAACAAGCACUAGGCUCAGUACUCGGUACCUUUGGACAGUCUAGGCAACUUGGGGCUGGUCUGCCAGGAAGCGGUGUUGCAUCUGCAAGUGGCUUUGGCAGUGGUUUUGUGGGCACUCCUGCUGGUGGUUUUGGAGUUGGUUUUGCUUCUGCUUCUUCCGGUGGUGGAUUUGGUAGUCUGGCAUCAGGCGCUGGUGGUUUUGCUGCUGCAGCAACAGUUGGGGGUGGAUUCGCUGCUGCAGCAACUGCUGGUGGUGGAUUUGCAGGUGCUGCUAGUGCUGGGGGUGGAUUUGCCGCCGCUGCUAGUGCAGGAGGUGGAUUUGGUGCCGCUGCUAGUGCUGGAGGUGGAUUUGGUGCCGCUGCUAGUGCUGGAGGUGGAUUUGGCUCUUCAACAACAUCCGGUGCUGUUUCAGGUGGCGGAUUUGGAGCUUUUAGCAAUCAGCAGGGUAGUGGUGGUGGGUUCUCUGCCUUUGCUGGUGGAUCAGGAGUUGGAAGGCCACCCUCUGAACUCUUCACGCAGAUGAGGAAAUAGUUGCAGAGAGAGGCUUGUGGAGACUUGAUAGGCCAUAUUGAUAGUUGCGUUCCAUGACAUUUUUGCUUGCUUUCUUCUGCUUUCCAGGGAAUUGAAUGCAUUUCUGCUGAGCCUUCGUACGGUAUAUUUAUGUGCUAAUGUACAUUUUUAGUCUGCUAUAUUAAUGCAUGGCAAGUGGCGACAAUGUCCAUGCUUGAUUCAAAAUUAGAGCGCUAGUUAUCGUUGGAUUCACAGUUCUGAGAAAAUGAGAGAUUAAAAUUUUGAAUUAUGCGGACCCAUUAAAGCUCCAAGGGUGGCUUUGUAUUUGCUUAUACUCAAAAAAGUGAACUGGUAUU